AGUUACCAAUCGGUCCAGCACUAUGGCUGAUGUUUCGACUCCACUGGAAGAUCAUGAAAUGACAGAUGAAGCUGAGAUUCAAAACUAUGUUAAACAGAAUGGUGUGAACGGUAUUUCAGAGUUCUUAAAGGAGAAGUUGGAUGCUUGGAAGAAAACAGAGGUUCACAUUGGAAUUACUGGCGACUCAGGAACUGGCAAAUCGAGUUUUGCCAACGCGAUAAAAGGGUAAGGAAACUCAGCAAUAUAGGGCUGAAGUUUGCAACCUCAACGUUUCUCAGUUGGCUGUAGCGAUCAGUUGGGGUCGUCAAUAGCAACGCAGUAGCUGAAAAACAGCUCUAACAACGAAAACACUAUAAAAAGCACUGCUAUUUGGUUGACGGUUUGGAAAAAGUGGUGUUUAGAGGAGGGAAUUGCCAAGGAAAUCGAAAAUUACGAGCCGACCCAGCUUAUCACUUUACUCGAGCGAUUCUACGUCGAAAUUGAAAACAAACAUGGUUAAACCUCGCAAAAGAGGAUUCCAUUUCGUCGAAAGUGAUUCGGACAUAGACUGAACAAUUCCUUGAACUGUAUAGCCAGACUUUGAACUUUUUGCGCCUUUUUACGGUUGUUUUGAUCGAACACACAAAGCCACUUCCAGGGUUUGAAUAAAUUAUUAUAAAAUAAUUCAAAUAGUACGCGCGCUCUGAUUGGCCAUAAAACCAUUUUAUAUGAGCGUAUGUAAACACGGUUUUCGUUCCUCUUUCAUUAGUUAUUUUAUAAAAGAAAUGUAAAAUGGUUUCCGUGUUUACAUAGCCUGAUGUAAACACGCGGGAAGUUGGGAGAACACUCGAUAAGCUGGAAACCACUCCGCUUCGCGUCGUGGUUUCCUACGCUUAUCUCGUGUUCUCCCAACCUCCCGCGUGUUUACAUCAGGCUAUGUUAACACGGAAACCAUUUUACAUUUCUUAAAUUUUGCAUUUAAAUGACUGAUAGGUAAAUUUUGAAGUUAAAAAAACAAAAAUCAGAUGAAUUAUGGGCUUAAAGGGUCCUACUCACCUUUCCUUUCAACUCGUGUACACGGCUCGAAUGUAGACACGCACCGUCGAUGAACUAACUAUUGACAAAUUUUUUUUUCAUCAAAUUUAAGAGAGGAUGUCAGCAUCCAUCGAGCAAAUUUCAAAUAUUAUAGCAAGUCGCCCAAAAUUCGUUUUCUACCCUACUUUCGUAUUUUGUAGCCCAAUAUGUCCUAAUAAUUGUGGUGUAGUUUUUUUGUGAAAACAUAUUUUAGUUUUCGAGGAAUGAUUUUUUUCGUUCGGCCGCUCAAAUAAAUGAGGUAAGAGUAUUAUGCUAGAUUUUUUUACAAAUUGUAGUGAUUUAUGCCAAUAAACAGUGGCGACAAGUAGGCACACUAUGUACAUUUCAUAGUUGCUAGCUAGUAAAUUUUGCCGGACUUUGAGUUCGUAUCACGAUAGAACAACACAACUACACAAGGAAAUAUUUACAGUAACUUUAUAACCAUCUUUUUGUCUUUUAAAAGCUAGAAGCUCAGUAGACUCUGUCAUAUCGGUCAUUGUUAAAACUGUCUUUGUUUUGAUGCUACUUUUCGACAUAGACAAAGUAUGUCGGACAAAAAUAUUCACCAAUUAGCUCUUUGUUGAUUUAUAAACCUAAAUUUUCCAAAAUAAAGUCAAAGACUUAAUUUCACGAAAAAACAUAUGUAAAAACAUAUGUUAAAUGAUCUGUAACAAAUUAAACCACCUGUUCCUUUCCUAGGCUCGCUGACGAUAGUGAUGGUGCUGCCAAAACUGGCGUUGUUGAGGUUACUUUAGAGCCCACACCCUUCGAUCACCCAGAAAAUCCAAACAUAAAGAUCUGGGAUUUGCCAGGAAUUGGAACACAAACAUUUCCUGACCUGGAAACGUACUGCGACAAAAUACAGUUCGACAACUAUCAUACAUUCCUUAUUUUUUCAGGCACCCGAUUUACCAAGAACGACGCCAUGUUGGCCCAAGAGAUCAGGAAACAGGGGAGGUCUUUUUUUUUCAUUCGCACAAAAAUCGAUGAAAAUUAUCGGGCUGAGAAGCGAAAGAAAUCUUUCAAUGAGGCUGACAUGCUGCGCGACAUCCGCCUCGAUUGCUUGAAGAACCUGGUUGACGAAGAUUACAACCCCAUCAGCGGUGAAGACAACAUCUUCCUGAUAAGCAACCAUUAUCCAAGAAGGUGGGAUUUCGAUCGACUUACGCGAGCGAUUCUUGAUGCACUGCCAAGAUAUCAGCGAGAGAGCCUCACCUUGUCUCUCAAUGCCCUAACCAGCUUAUCAAGAGAAAUUCUAAAGAGAAAAGUUGAUAUUUUCAAAAGGCGCAUGUGGCUCGUUGCAGGAGCAUCUGCUGCAGUCGCACUUGCUCCAAUUCCUGGGCUAUCUUUUGGUGUUGAUAUGGUGCUAAUAAGUUACGAAAUCAGUCAGUACCUAGCCCAGAUAGGUAUUCCUAAAGAAGGGUCGGAAAUAUUUGAUAUUCUCGCUGAUACCACUAAAAAACAGGUCAUCUCUCUUUAUCUCAAUUUUGCCAGUACCGCCGGAAUUUCCGCGAUUUUGGCCAGGGAAGCUGGCGCAGGAAUAGUUACGGAAGAAUUUGUUCGUUUUAUUCCGUUCAUAGGGUCAGCAAUAGCUAGCACUUUGUCCUUCGCUGGCACAUUUGCCGUACUUCGUAUAGCUUUGAAUAAAAUUGAAGCAGUAGCAUUAGCUGUCCUGGAGGACGCUGCCCAACGAUCAGUUGACAAUUUAGAUCGUGAUUAAGCUUGUAUUAAUCCUGCGUUUUGGUUUAAUUUUAUAAGUUAUUCAUGGCGUUAAGCUAAAUUGUAAGUCACGGUUGAGAUGGGUGGCAAAAACCUAGCAGAAAUCACUCUCUUUCUUCACGAUCAGAUAGAAAUCAGGAAUGAAAUUUCUUUUCUAGUUUGUUUAAUAGCAAUCUUAACCAGAAGACUUUGAAGGCAAUCUUUUUGUCGUAUCAAAAAGCCUGGCAAGUAACUUUCUGCACAAGGAGACACUGGAGACAAAUGUAUUAAUUCAGAUACGAAGAUAUAAAGCUAUCUUGAUUAUUUCUGACCGAUUCUAGCCUUUUCUUUUCAUUAACAUAAUCACGGGUCUUCGAAGUCUCUGAUGACUCAUUCACUGGCUCAAAAACCUCUUUUCAUAUGGCACGUACAUCACCCAAACUGAUUCGUGAAGAAUGUAACGCUUUUCUUGUAAAUUCAAAAAUAUCUCUUAAACCAACUAAGUGAAGCCGAACAAUCAAAAGUGCCUAGAGCAUUAAAGGCACCGUCAGCUCUUUCAAUAAAAUUAAAGAGUGUAACUAUUUUUGCCUACCAUUCAGCCAGUGAAGCUUAUUAGAUAUUAUCCAUUAGAGUUGUACCAAUCUUUUUUUUCUAUAAGGUAUACUUGAUUGAUUAGUUGUUUGGAAAGUAAAGCAAUAAGUAGGGAUAAUUAGACAAUGAAAAAUACUAUCUUUUGUAGCUAAAUGUUUUCAGGAUAAUAAUAAUGUUAAGAAGAUUGGGUAAAAUAGCUUUGUAGGUGAAGAACUGUGAAAUCUUCGGUUUUCAUUGCUUAUUUGAUGGAACAUUGCUCAUGGUAAUUAUAAUCAAUUGAUUUUUUUUAUUUUCUCCUAGAACGCUGAAUCUAUUCCUCUUGUUUUGUUAGGGAGUAGUUGAAUGACUCCUUGUAAUAAAGAAGUUCAGUUUAUU